CGCCGCCGACCCCACGCUGUCGCGGGACCUGUGGGUGGUGGGCAUGGGCAUCCUCAUGUCCCUCAUCGUGCUCGUCAUCGUCUUCGGCAACGUGCUGGUGAUCACCGCCAUCGCCCGCUUCCAGCGCCUGCAGACUGUCACCAACUACUUCAUCACCUCGCUGGCCUGCGCAGACCUGGUCAUGGGGCUGGCUGUGGUGCCCUUUGGCGCCAGCCACAUCAUCAUGGAGAUGUGGAAUUUUGGGAACUUCUGGUGCGAGUUCUGGACCUCCCUGGAUGUGCUGUGUGUCACGGCCAGCAUUGAGACCCUCUGUGUCAUUGCUGUGGACCGCUACUUUGCUAUCACUUCCCCCUUCAAGUACCAGAGCCUGCUCACCAAGAGCAAGGCGCGCGUGGUCAUCUUGGUGGUGUGGGUGGUUUCUGCUCUCACCUCCUUCUUGCCCAUCCAGAUGCACUGGUACCGGGCAGAGCGUGUUGAAGCCAUCCUGUGCUACCAGGAAGAAACAUGCUGCGACUUCUUCACCAAUCAAGCCUACGCCAUUGCUUCCUCUAUUAUCUCCUUCUACGUGCCACUUGUGAUCAUGGUCUUUGUAUAUGCCAGGGUCUUCCAGGUGGCUAAGAAGCAGCUGCAGAAGAUAGACAAGAGUGAGGGGAGGUUUCACAUUCAGAACAAGGAGCAGGAGCAGAACGGGCGAACUGGGCACCGCCGUUCCUCCAAGUUCUGCUUGAAGGAGCACAAGGCUCUCAAGACCCUGGGCAUCAUCAUGGGCACCUUCACGUUGUGUUGGCUGCCCUUCUUCAUUGUGAAUAUAGUGCACGUCAUCCAGGACGACAUCAUACCCAAGUACGUGUACAUCCUCUUGAACUGGCUGGGUUACGUUAAUUCUGCCUUCAACCCUUUGAUCUACUGCCGGAGCCCGGACUUCAGGUACGCCUUCCAGGAGCUGCUGUGCCUCCGCAGGUCUGCGCUGAAGAUGUACGCCAACGGGUACUCCAACAGCAACGGCAGGAGCGACUACAACGAGGAGGACAACAGCUACCCCCUGGCAACGGAUAAAACCUGUGAGCUCCUCUGCGAAGAAGGCUCCUUCCCAAACCCUGAGGGCUUUUUGCACUGCAAAGAGAUCCCAAGGUGUCCAGGAAUGGUUGACAGCUGAAUGGGUUGAUGAACUCUCUUCCUCACCAUCCUGAGCUCAUGGGAGCUCUGAAGAGAUCAAGCAGGAGCACGGCCUCACUUCUCUGAGACUGGGGAUGCUGUGGGAAGUAAUUGCCUUGGCAAAUGUCUUCAUCCCAACUCAUAGCCCAUAGUCCAUCGCUGGAGGAGAAGCUGAUGAAGGAUUAGCAGAGGACCAGGAAAAGCUCUACCAGCACUUCAAGCAGCAAAGGACAUAGAUGAGGGACCAAUGCUAAGAGAAGCAUUUUCCAUCACUGCAGAUGAAACCCACUUCAUUCUGGGAAGAAGCCUAAAGACCCCUGUGAACAAAAGGAAGUGAAUGUCCAAAUCAGCACAAGGGUGUUGCAAGGUUUCCUUGUCACACUGCCCUUGGAAGGCACUUUUGAAAGUGAAGGGGAUAGCAGGACAACCUGGCCCUCUCCAGUGGCUAAUUUGGAAGAGAUGUGGCAAGGUCACUAAUGAUCAGGUCAAGAGACCACUAAGUGAGGCCCUGUGCCCUGUCCAUGUGCUGGCUAGGACUCAAAAUGAAAGAAUCUGACCAAGACUAGAAAGAAAAGGCUCGUGGAAGGAAGCUUUGAUUGAUUCCAUGCUUGUUUCUCCUACUGGUGUCUUUCUGUCUGCCUCUCUUUCUCCUGAGGCCUACAUGUACUGCAUGUGG